AUGGGGGCAGCUGCAGCGGCAGCAUCGUCCACCGCUCGGCCUCAGCCAGAGGUGAGGCAUGGCAUGGAUGGAUGGAUGCGAAGGCGUGCCGCUGCAUUCAAUGCAUCCAUGACCCAUUGCUUUGUUUGGCUGAUUGAUAGGUGGCGCCAAUUACCAGGAUGCCGAAGGGCACCAUCAACUUCACGAGCGGCUUAAAGGCCGAGUUUGAGGAGGGCACCAUGCUGGGCCAGGGCAAGGGGAAGCCCGUCGUCAUGGCCAAGCUCUGGCGGCCACUGCCGGGCCGGGGCGUGACGCCCGUCAGAGCGGCCAUCAAGCGGCUCACCCUCCAUGAGGACCCGCGGAAGCGGCAGCUGCAGAAGCGGGACAUCACCGAGCUGCGGCAGGAGGCCAAGACGAUGAGCAAGAUGGGCGGGUGGGCGCCAUUCAUCAACCUCAUCGCGGCCGACACCGACGACGCCAAACCGGCCGAGUAUGUGCGUAGCGACGGGGUCAAGACGCCGGUGCUGUGCAUAGCUAUGGAGGCACUCGGUGAGUGAGCCCUACACACAGCACGCACAUACGCGUCAGAUCAGAUCAGAGGAGCGAGAUGAAGGGGACGAAGGGUCAUUCAUCAUUUCAGUCAGUCAGUCAUUGUGUGGUGUGUGUCUGUUGUGUGGUGUGUACGUCCCGCAUGCAGAGGGCAGCAAGUUCGAGGAGAUCGAGAAGGUGUUCGGGUUCGUCCCCGGUGGCUACGGCUACAACGUGCGGGCCAUCCACGAGCGCUUCGCGGCCAGCGGCGACCCGGAGCAGCUCCGCCAGGAGCUCAUCGUGCUGACCAAGGCACUGGCCAUGGUCUGCCAGGCGCACCGGGGAGCCGUGUGGCGCGGCGGGCUGCACCAGGACGGCUUCAACAAGAACAUCAUGCUGCCCAAGGCCGUCCUCGACGGCGAGCGCGCCCUCAAGCCGUACCCGGCUGACAACGGCCAGAGGAUGAUAGACCUGACCAACGUCAUCCAUCUCGGCGCCACCACCACCAGCAGCAGCAGCAGCGGCCCACCCCCGCGCUACAUGGGCGAACCCGCCCACACCGCCCUCGUGCCCCUGGACCCGGAGCAGCAACAACGGCGAGGGCAGAUCGUCGGCAGCACGCCCUUCUCCAGGGCGCCCGAGCUCAUCAUGGUCACCACGUGCCACGGUGACACGCCCGCUGGACUCCAGCCGAAGGAUGGCGAGUCGGCUGAGGUCCAGGCGCAGAAGGCGGCACUCAGCGCGGCGAGGGCCGAGGUGCGGGACGACAUGCGAGAGAGAGGGCUGCUGGUGGGCAAGGGCAAGGAGGAGGGCAUCUGGGUGGGCGCGCCGGCUGCAGUCCAUGGCGUAGGGCUGCUCAUAGCCGCAGCGGGGACGCUCGGCCGGAGCAUCGAGGGCCCGCUGAAAGAGGGGGAGGACCAGCAGCGGUGGUACGACACGACUCGGUGGCGGGUGGUGAGAUGCUGUCGGUGUCCGGCUUCAACGACGGCAAGGACUUCAUGAAAGAGGACGGCCGCCCCAACAGCGCCGACGGCUGCCCCCUGGACAAAGUCAAGCUUGAUUUUGUCCAGGAGUGGCUAAACCGCAUUUGCGCCAUCGCCGCCAAGGCCACCAACCCCGAGGAGCAGGACCGCGGCACCCUGCAGGACGUCGAGGACGCCCUCUUCGCCGCGCUGAAGGCGCUCGAGCGGGCCAAACCCACUGCGUCGACUGCCCACGACACUCAGCACCCCACCACGGCCGGCGCAGCACCUUCUGAAGACGCCCACCACGCCGAGGGAGAGGACGAGCAGGUGGCUGCAGAGCAGCAGCAACAGCAACAGCAACAGCAACAGCAACAGCAGCAGCAGCAGCAGCUGUGAGAUGGAGAAGAAACACAGUUGAAGAUUAGCGGGCGGAGACAUGGUCUUCAUGAUAGCCCCAGCCGGACCACACCAGCCAUGCUUGAGCCUCGCCCUCCUCCCCCCCCUCCCGCCGCCACACGCACAAGACAGCAAGAGGUGCGCUGGCCACCGAUCGACCGAUGUGUACACGUGUUCCAGUGAGGAUGUAUUGCUAUGGAUCCACUUGUCUUGUCUUCAGGUGAUUUCUAUCUGUCCAAUCUUGACGCCCCUUGGAUCCCUGUCUGGCUGUGGAGUCGGGAAGCCACAUAUGUACGAGAAGACAG